UCCAAUGGGAAAAUUGCAUGAAGAAUGCAGAACCAAGAAGACUUUUGCAGACAAGCACAUACCCCCCUCCAGCAUUAUUUAUGGAUUAAUAUUUGCAUUUACCUCCAUUAAAAUCCUAAGAACCUGUCCUUCUACCCAUGCUGUUGGCUAUACAUAGAUAUGUAUUAGCCUUCUAUUUACCCCCAUGCAUCAUGUUGCAAAAUCCUAAGAACCUGUCCUUCUACCCAUGCUGUUGGCUACACAUAGAUAUGUAUUAGCCUUCUAUUUACCACCAUGAAUCAUGUUACAUCUGAUAUUCCAGAUAGUCUGUUCAAGUUGCUUGGAAGCAAUAUAGGGGGACGCUAUGCAACAAGAUGAAUUGGGAAGGUGGACACAGAUGAGCGCUAGAGGUGGUGCAAACAAUUAAGCACAAUCAGCCUUGGUCUUCCUCUCAAAACGUGUUCAUUAGUUUGACGAUGGUCACACUUCGCUGGAAUUGCUUCCAUCGCUGCUUCUGUCCAUCAUCCAUCCUUGCAGCCAUGAGCUCACAGGCUGCCCAGUUGUCUUACCACUACAAAUCUUUCUGUGGAGACUAUGAAAGGGUGGAGACUGCACUUGAGAGGCUGGAGGCCAGUGGCUACUACUGGAGCACCCUCUCUGGUACUGAAGCCAAAAAGCUCUUAUCUGACCAGCCUGUUGGAUCCUUUCUUAUCCGCGACUCUUCAGACCAUCACCAUCUGUUUACCCUCAGCCUUCGCACAUCUGCUGGCAUUACCAAUUUACGCAUUAAGCUAGAGGGAACUUCUUUCUACCUGGAAACGGUAGCGGGAGCAGAAAGCCCCCCAACAUUUCCCUGUGUGGUGAAGCUGGUUGAACAUUAUAUGCGCUUGACGGCAGCAGGAGAGUCUGACUCUAAUCUCUGCUACAUUGAAGGGAAAGAGCAUCCUGUCCCUCUUAUGCUUACACAACCACUAAAUUGUAAAGUGGUGUCUCUACAGUAUUUAUGUAAAAGGACAGUGGUGGCCAACAUGCCUGCAGAAGCGUCUGGUUCCGACGGGAACUUGGAGGAACUUCCUGUGUCUAAGAUGCUUCGUAACGCCUUUCAAAACUAGAUAUGUUUAGUUAAGCUGGAAAACAAUUCAGGAGAGACUAAUAAAGUAACCUCAUGGCAGUCUCUAAAAUAAAAUGCCUAGAGAACCUUUGUUUUCAUCUUUCCCUGUAUGAGGUCAUACAGAAAAGUAAAAGGAAAAAUAAACAAACUUGUUUAAAAUUCACAGAAAAUAUCUUUCCAGAAAAAAAGAUUAUCCUGGUGCAGAGAACAGUAGAUUAUUUCUUUAUAUAUAGAGAUAUGGCUUUUACCUAGAGGGAACACGUGGAUGAUAUUCAACUGUCAAGUAUUUUAAGUUUUUCACAUUUAUUUCCUUACUGUAUUAAUUUAUCAGCAUCUCGCAGACACAGUCAGAUAAGGAGCAUGACGUCUGUAAUGGAACAGUAUGUGACAUUUAUCAAAAUAACACUUUAAAAGGCAUCAGACAAACUAUACCAUUGAUACUUUCAGAUAUUAAAGUUAAUAAUUCACUUGA